AUGUACAGACUGUGUUGUCAAGCAGGUGAAGCACAAAAUCGCACCGAACCGAGCCGACCCCGGCCAACACCACGUACAUACACAAAUGCACCACAGCAGACUGAAGCGCCGAUGCCUCCGACGACGACCACAACAACUACCAGGAGACCGACAACUCCGGUGUUUAUACCCGUAGGUCCACCCGGACUGAAAGGCACUCAUGGACCUCCAGGACCCCCUGGUCCCCCUGGCGAUCCCGGAUUGGACGGUGACAAUGGUAUGCCUGGAAUGCCCGGACCACCCGGACCGCCGGCGCGGGAAGCGAGCGAUCACCUUGCACAGCUUCGGCAGAUGGUGAAGGGUCCAAUUACAGAAAAUGUCACAUUAUACCAAGAUAUUCGUGUGACCAUGGGUCCUCCGGGCGAACCUGGUCCGCCUGGAUUUCCAGGAGUGAUGGGCAUAGCAGGACCUGUCGGACCGGCUGGGUCCGUUGGAGAUCCUGGACCCCCUGGUUCACCUGGAUCCCGAGGCCAUCCUGGACCCGCUGGAGAUGACGGAAGAGCAGGAGUGAUGGGACAGCCUGGCCUAAAGGGUGCUCGAGGACUCCCGGGACCCGUUGGAGCUGCUGGCGAAGUUGGAAUCAAGGGGCCCACUGGCCACCGGGGUGAGCAAGGGGAUCCUGGUAUGCCGGGUUUGAAGGGAACCGUUGGCGACGCUGGACCUGUGGGACUGGGUGGGCUAACAGGACCAAAAGGAGCUGCUGGUCUGCGUGGGCAGCGUGGGGAACCCGGGUCUCGAGGCUUUGUUGGACCACAAGGACCCCAGGGGCUCGAGGGAACUGGUGGAGUACGCGGUCCCCCUGGAGAUCCUGGUUCGCCUGGACCCCAAGGUAGCCCCGGUGUGCAAGGUCCUGUGGGAAUGAAAGGGGCUGCUGGCGGCGUUGGUCCUAAGGGUGAGGCUGGAUUCCCAGGCCCACAAGGAGACCGGGGUUCUCCGGGCCCCCCUGGACCUACAGGCAAGCAGGGUGCUUACGGACCAGUCGGUCCGGUCGGCAACAUGGGAGAACCCGGAGACCGUGGCCAUCCUGGCGAACCUGGACCAACUGGAUUUCGAGGAUUUGUUGGUCAGGAAGGCGAACCUGGCAUGCCUGGUGCCAAAGGCCCUGAAGGAGCAGCCGGAUUACAAGGUGCACAAGGACUUCCCGGUGUGGAAGGCCUCAAAGGUCACAGGGGUGAACGAGGACCCACUGGACUACUCGGAGAGCCUGGAAAGAGGGGAAUUCGGGGUUCGGCCGGUCCACCUGGCCCUCCUGGAUUCGAAGGGAGCCGCGGUCCUCCAGGAAGUCGAGGUGCACCGGGUCCUGAAGGUCCUCCUGGUUUGAUUGGAGUCCCCGGGGAUCCCGGUCCAGUCGGGCCGACAGGGGAAAAGGGUACUGAAGGUGCCGCUGGCCCAAGUGGACUCCGCGGUGCCACCGGAGCAAGAGGUAUCAGCGGACCCCGAGGGCAACCUGGACCGAAUGGAGAGCCGGGACCGAAGGGACCGUUAGGAGUUAUUGGACGACAGGGGCCACCUGGACCUCCUGGCAUUCCAGGCCCGCAAGGUUUGCAGGGACCACAGGGCAUACGUGGGCCUUCAGGAUCAAUGGGCAAGACGGGUGAACCCGGUGCGAUCGGCUCUCGUGGUCAACGAGGUGACCGGGGCCCUCGUGGCGAACCUGGGCCUCCUGGACCUUAUGGUCCUAUUGGCGAAAAAGGACAGCGCGGUCAAACUGGCAAACGUGGCCCAAUGGGCCCUGAGGGUCGCGCAGGACCCGAAGGACCGACAGGUACUCCAGGGAAACCUGGUGAUCCAGGUCCAGAUGGUGAACCGGGGACAAGUGGACCACGUGGACCACCAGGCGAACGCGGAGCACCCGGACAAAUGGGACCCAUAGGUCCACCCGGCCGGACGGGCCCAAAGGGGUCCUUUGGUUCUGUUGGACCUGAAGGCCUCAAAGGUGAACGUGGUGAGAAAGGGAACAUGGGCGAAAGUGGCUCAGCCGGUAUUCCAGGACCUAUCGGCAAUGCUGGAGUCCGUGGCCCCCGUGGCGACAAAGGUGAGCAAGGAGAGCUCGGACCAAGGGGAGAACCGGGACCGAUAGGGCCUCCUGGUGAGCGUGGAUCUGAUGGCAUCAUCGGUCCAAGAGGAGAACAAGGGCGUCCGGGAAACAAGGGACAACCUGGGCUCCGGGGACCACAAGGCGAUAGAGGUCCAGUAGGAGAGCCUGGUAGCCAGGGAAUUCCGGGAGACAUUGGCAAACCUGGCAUGCCUGGCCCACCUGGAUCUGUCGGGAUGAAAGGCAACAAAGGUGAACCCGGUCCAAUGGGAACCCGUGGAGAGCCAGGUGAUCUGGGUCGGAAAGGAGCUCCUGGUCCUCCAGGUCCCAAGGGCCUCCCGGGUUUACCUGGUAGGCAGGGAGAUCGAGGGAAGCCUGGAGAACAUGGGGACCAAGGAGAGAUGGGAUUGCCUGGAAAACCUGGUCCACAAGGCACAGCUGGAGAACCGGGACGGCCGGGUCCACCAGGCCCAUCUGGACAGAUUGGAAGCAAAGGCGAGAUCGGUGAGCCUGGAUUACCAGGCCCAACUGGAACCAACGGACCACCGGGACCAACUGGUCCAGCUGGACCCAAAGGGGAGCGUGGGGAUGCCGGUCCACAGGUGAAGGAUUCCGGCAGCCUACUUCUGACAGUUAGGACAAAACAACCCAGUGUGUUACCAAUCCGCGAUGUCCAACUAUUCCCUGGUCAUUAUGGCGCGUCAGGUGCGUCUCUGGAGAUCGGUACCGUGUGCUUUGGUGGCAUUGAUCCUGAGGAGCCUUCGUUUUUGGAGAGCUUACAAGCGGAAGAAAGCACCUCUGCCUCCACGCCUAAUGAUGGAUCUGUUCAGACAAAAAUGACCAGAUUAGGAUUGGAACAAAAUGUUGUACCAGGAUUCCUAGGCAUCCCGAAUACGCGUCUAUGA